GAAAACCGCUGGAAGCUAUCAUCAAAAACGAGCCUGCCAUGCGAGUAAUUGAUCUGCAUUCUGUUGGAGUAUGUUUAAAAAAUUUCAGGCAAGAGAGUCGGUAUCGGGAGUAAGUCAAGUGAAGUCAUCUGUCCAGCGUGGAAUAAAAACCAAAUUGGUUGAUCAAUUCCCUCCUAUUGAUGAUUACAUAGCUCAAAUAUUUCCAAAGAAGGAGCCACUAGUACUUGUUAAAUGUCAUGAGCAUAUAGAAAUAUUAUCCAUCAACCAAGAGAUUCUUUUCUUCAGACAAAGAGGAGAUUAUUUGCCAUCUCUUAGACUCUUACACAAAUAUCCGGUUAUUUUACCUUGUCAACAAGUUGACAAAGGAGCAAUCAAAUUUCUACUUAGUGGUGCAAAUGUAAUGUGCAGAGGUUUGACCAGUCCAGGAGCAAAGCUUGCAGACUUACCUAAGGGAGCAGUAGUUGCUAUAACUGCUGAGGGAAAACAACAUGCUCUAGCAAUAGGAAAAAUGGCAAUGUCUGCGGGAGAAAUACGAGACACUAACAAAGGAAUUGGUAUUGAGGUGAUACACUUCUUGAAUGAUGGACUUUGGCAAAUGAAGCAGUUGGAAAAAUAAUUAUUUAAGAAAAUGUUGUGUAUAAAUGUGAAGUUUACUAGACAUUGUUAAAUGCAAAUGUAAAACCUUUUGAAGAAUGUCUAUAGCAUGCACUUGCAAAGUAAUGUAUGGUAGUGAAGAGAGAACCAUUUGAAGCUGUUUUAUUGCACAUGAACAUCAAUUAAAAGAAGAAUUUUAUUA